AUGACAGGAGUUGAGGAAAUACCGAGAGGUGGUAACCCCAAUAUAUACUUUUCCUCAAUAUAUGCUGUUCCCGGCCAAAAUAUUCAGUCUGGUUCGGGGGGAGCCAAGAGAAGAAAACAGGUCAACUACAAUCUGGCUACCAUGGAGGCAAAUGCUUACGGAACGCUGAGGCCGGAACUGGCAAUCGCUGAAAGAAAUGCAAACAAGCGGUUUGCUGAGCUUUCAAGAGAGAACUAUAACGAACAAGCGCGGAUUGAUAUUCCCAAGUCUGGGCUCAUUUUGCACUCGAAGAACGGAGAUGUGUUAGGAGGCAUUUCCAAGAGCUCGACCUCGGCCGUCAAGAGGAUAAUGGGAUCCAGAAAGACACUAGCAAAUUAUCUGGACGAAACAGACGAAAAGGUGCUGAGAUCAUGGGAGUUGCUCGAGGCCAAGCCGGACUUGCAGCAGUUGAAAAAACUGUGUUCGGUCUGCGGAAACAAUUCUCCUUCGGUAUGCAUGAAAUGCGGAGCAAGGGUUUGCAGUGUUCAAUGUGGAAGCACUCAUUCAGAGACGAGGUGUGGUUAUUGA